AUGGGCUGUUUUUGCAACGGAAGGCGUAAGAAGAAAGAAAAUAAUAAAAAACCAACAGGUGGUAGUACUGCUAAAGCUGCCCCCAGAAGAGGAGGUAUUUCUUCAUCCACAACAGGCAAGCAUGGUGGCACAAAAGAUGGUGGCAUGGUUGUUAUGACCGACUACGGUGCUGUAACUGCUGUUCUAGCAACUUCAGCCAUCAUUAAUAGUGGCAGUGGUGGAGGAGGUUGUGGAGGUGGUGGUGGUGGCGGUGGUGGGGGCGGAGGAGGUUGUGGAGGUGGAGGUGGUGGUGGUGGGGGAGGAGGUGGCGGGGGUUGUGGUGGUGGUGGGGGUGGUGGUGGUUGCUGA